GAUGAUGAUGAGGAUGAGGAUGAGGACGACGACGACGACGACGACGACGAUCACGACGACGACGACGAUGACAAUCACGACGACGACGACGAUCACGACGAUCACGACGACGACGACGAUCACGACGACGAUCACGACGACGAUCACGACGAUCACGACGAUCACGACGAUCACGACGAUCAUGAUGAUCAUGACCAAAGUAAAAUAUAUUGUUCUCAUUUGCUAUAUAUAUGCAAAUUUGCGCAACAAACAAGUGACAAAAAUUGCCAGCCGGCAACGCCUUCGCACUUCUAAACACUAACAGUGGAAAAUAAUAGGUUUGAUUAAAAAUGCCUCCAAAACCGCGUAAACAGCUGGAUUGCAAACGAAUACAGAACUCUAAGAGCGAACAUUUUAAGUCUGGUAAGUUUGUUUUUCAUUUACAAUGCCAUUUUCCCUACUCACGUAAGUGUAAUAAACGUCUCGUCGUUAAUGUUUAUUAGAUACGAGACGAACAGAAAGCAAUCGCAUGCCGUGCUACUUGGCGUGUGUGCAACGAAGAUAUAGAGCUUGCAAGAUUUCAAAUAGCUUCCAAAUGAUUGCUGUUGGACGAUGCCAUUAAUGCGAUAGGAGUGCAUUCCUUUUUCUCCUGCAUCACAAGCGUUUGUUCAAACUCGAAAUCAAAACUUGAAGAGGAACCCACCAACACGGAGCCCAAUGAAACCUAUCCUUUGAUUGCAUAUUUCACUGUGUACACACCCAACGACAAUUGCAACGACAACACCUUUUUUACCGCGCUACAUAACCAAGAUUUAGAGCCGGUCAUUCAAGGUAUGAAAGUGCGAAACGCUGCCAAUAAUUAAUUGGAAAAUGCGGCAAGACAGCUCUUUCAAACAGUGAAGGACCAUAACAACCGCAGUAUCCAGGAGAUGCUUGACAGUAGUGGUAAAACACCGGUUCUAGCACAGUUUGCUAAAACACGCAUUUUACCAAACAAGUUUAGUCAUGUCUGACUUUUCCGGGACUUCUCUUCCGCCCCUUCGAAACAUUUUGUAAAAGUUGUUUCCCAAGACUUUAUAAAAUCCGUUCCCAAGACUUUUCCAAGAUCCUCUUCAAGACUUUCCCAAGACGUUUCCGGGAUCGUCUUUCUUGGAGACAUUUGUAAAGAAAAAAGACUUUUUCCAAGAUUUGUUACCGUGGAAAAAAAGUAUCUUAUGAGAAUUGGAUAUAGAAUAAAAGAAGGUCUGUUCGGUUCCAUCCGGUCGAUAGAGUCUAAUAUAUAGAGUUAUUUAUUUUUUUCCCUAACCUAUUCGAGGUUAGGGAAAUUUUUUCUUUUUGGAAUCCGGAUUUGGAAAAUAUAUAUAGAAAUAAAGUAUAUAGUAAAAGUUCGAUAACUUAGAAGUUUAUAUAUUAGAUUUCAUAGAACGGAUGAGAUCCGGUUCCCUCAAAUUACUGAAGGAGGGCAAAACUACGGGAACGGAGAAGGAGAUCAAUGACCGUUUCGAUGCGUACGCUAGGGAGGAAAGAAUGAGAUUUAUCGAAAAGGAACGGGAAGAAAAAAAGUGGGAGAGUGAUAUUGCGAAAGAAGAGAAAAGACGAAAUAAGGAUAUUGCGUACUGGAAGGCGGAAGCUCGAGAAUGGAAGAAGGAACUUCGCGAACGUCGAAAACAAUCUGAAAAGAACGCGAAACAAAAAAUUCGGGAAGAAAAAAGAUGGCAAAGCGACAUUACAAAUGAAGAGAAAAAGCGAAAUAAGGAGAUUGCGUACUGGAAGGCGGAAGCCCAAAAAUGGAAGAAGGAGACGCAACGUUUACGUCGGAACGAAAAAGCUAGGGAAACAUAUGCUGAGGAAAAGCGUCAGAUUGCAUCGGGUCGAUGGAAAGGUAAGAAGAAAUUUGCUAAACUUCAGUUUGCUCUUGAAAAGAAACUGAAAAAGAUUUGGCAAAACCCUAGAGAAAAUUUCGAGCCCGUUCUUGAAAAACAUGCGUUCGGAAAAAAAGUAAAAAAGUAUUCGAUCACCCCGAACGGAAAUUACGAACCAUUAUAUUUUUUAGAUGUGACGGCAAGUGAGGUUCGUAAACUUAUAGAUUCCGUAAAGGGAUUGAAGAACGUAAGAUUAUGUUUGGUUUGUAAGAUGGUAAAAAUGAACGGCGCGACGGGAGAGGAAACGGUAGAUAUUGCACAUUUCAGUUCGAAAAAUUAUAAGUUGACCGGAACGGAUAUGACGGAAGAAACGUUGAAGGAGAUGAAAGGAAAAAUCCUAGAGUCUUUUUCAAAAUAUCAGAAGAACGGUAGCGGAUGGACGUUACGAAGACUGAUCCGGCUAGAUAUCAACAUCGAAAAAUAUGAACCGCUUCGAGGUGCAAAACAUGUGAAGUUACCCGAAAAAAUGAAGGGGAAAAAAGCGAUCGUUAACAUGAAAAAUGAAGACGACGAGUGUUUCAAAUGGGCGGUCACGCGUGCGUUAAAUCCGGUUGAUAAAAACCCUGGAAGAAUCACAAGGGAACUUCGGAAACAGUCUGAAAAACUAAAUUGGGAUGGAAUUAAAUUCCCAACACCAAUCAAUGAUAUCGGUAUAUUUGAGAAAAAUAAUAUUCCUAUCAACGUUUUCGGGAGUGACGAGAAGGAAAAAAUCUAUCCCAUCCGUAUAUCGGGAAAACCUAAUCCCAUCCGACUUUUCUUUUGGGAUAAUCAUUAUGGUGUCGUGAAGGAUAUGUCGAGACUUGUCAGCAGUCAACUUAGUAAGGAUGAGCAUAAAAAUAUAUUUGUGAUCGAUGUAUCAAUGUAUUUGGAACACAAAAAUUAUUGGACGAUCACGAAAUACUAUGUUCCGAACAUGAAUCUCAGAGACAAGUAUACGUCAAACCCGGAGAGAAAUUAAAAUUUAAGAGUUACGAAAAGAUACACGAAGGUCCGUUCGUUAUUUAUGCGGAUAUUGAGAGUUAUAUUGAACCGUUGGAUGUUGAAGAAAAGAGUUUGGAUAAAUCAAGUGCCACUCGAUACCAGAAACAUAAUCCCAGCGGAUUUACAUAUCUCAUCAAAUGUUUUGACGACUCUCUUUACGAACCAAAAUUAGUUUGUUAUACACAACAAUAUGAGGGAGAGAAUGUGAUGGAGAAAUUUAUCAUUCUUCUCGUAGCAGAUAUCAUCGAUAUUUACAAUAGAUUUAUGGUACCGACUCCUAUCGAAAUGAUGCCGGACGAUAUCAUGGAUUUUACGGAGUCGAUGCAAUGUUAUACAUGUAGCGGCUUGUUUACGGAUAAAAAUCCGAAGGUAAGAGAUCAUUGUCAUUACACGGGUCGAUAUCGUGGAGCGGCAUGUAAUUCGUGUAAUCUUCGAAUGAAAAAUCCAAAAUUUAUACCGGUUCUUUUUCAUAAUUUAGAGGGAUAUGACGCGCAUCAUUUCAUUAGAAAUCUAGGUGUGAGUGAAGGAGAUAUUGACUGUAUCCCUCGAACGGAAGAAAAUAUAUAUCGUUCACAAAAAAUAUCGUGGUCGAUACGUACAAGGAUGUGAAGGGGAACGUCAAAAACAUCACGAGAAAGAUCCGGUUUUUAGAUUCGUUCAAAUUCAUGUCGAGUUCGUUAAGUAAUCUUGUGAACGAUCUUGGAAAAAAGGAUUUUGUAAUGACGGAUCAGAUGAUGUUGGAUUAUACGACGGAACAACGGGAUAUCCUCAAACAGAAAGGAGUGUAUCCUUACGAAUACAUGGACUGAUUUCCUAGAUUGGAAGAAACAUCUCUUCCACCCAAAGACAAAUUUUUCAGUAGUUUAACGAAUGAAAAUAUUACGGACGAAGAGUACGAACGAGCACAAAAGGUAUGGAAAUUAUUUGACAUGAAAACUAUGCGCGACUACCACGAUCUAUACUUGAAAACAGACGUUCUUCUUCUGGCAGACGUCAUGGAAAGAUUCCGUGGAGUUUGUAUGGAGAAUUACGAACUCGAUCUGUUAUGGGAAUAUACGACACCGGGAUUAACGUGGAACGCAUGUUUAAAAAAUACGGAAAUACAUUUAGAAUUAAUUUCCGAUCCGACUAUGUUUAAUUUUAUUGAGAGAUGUAGUCGUGGUGGUAUUAGCAUGAUCAGCAAAAGAUAUGCAGUUGCAGACAAUAAGUAUAUUGGUCUUUCGAAAAUACCGUAUAGUAUUAUCCAAUGCAUGAAAAAAUUAGACGAUACUAUUCGAAAAGAUCCUGAAGAUUUAGAUAAAAAAUUAGAUGCAUUCGAAGCCGAGGUAGAGAAUAUCGUCAAGGAUUAUGACGAUGCAGAUGUGGAAUUCAUCAACCAGUACCUGGAUAAAAAUCUUACAAGAUGGGUUGAGAGUAUUCGUCGUAACGGUGAAGAUCCAUCUACAUACUUACCCUAUCUGGAUGCAAAUAAUCUGUACGGAUGGGCAAUGAGUCAACCAUUACCCUACGCAGAUUUCGAAUGGAUGAACGACAACGAAUUAAGGAAAUGGGAUCGGCUUCCAUCGGGAAAAGGAUGUUUUCUAGAGGUAGAUUUAGAUUAUCCGGACGAACUUCAUGAUUUACAUAAUGAUUACCCGCUUGCACCCGAAAGGAUUAAGUUGGGAAAUGUAGAAAAACUUACACCAAAUCUUAACGAUAAGAAAAAUUAUGUUCUUCAUUAUCAGAAUUUAAAAUUAUAUAUCAAACUAGGAUUAAAAUUAACUAAAAUUCAUCGCGGCGUUAUUUUUUCGGAAAAGCCUUGGUUGGCGGAAUAUAUUCAACUGAACACCAAUUUACGUAAGAAGGCAAAGUCGGAUUUUGAAAGUAAUUUCUUCAAACUGAUGAAUAAUGCUGUGUUCGGUAAGACGAUGGAAAAUGUUCGCAACAGAGUGAACAUUCAACUUGUCAACCGGGAAGAAAAAUGGAAUAAGUUAGCGAGAAAAAGUUAUUACAAGUCAACAACGAUAUUUACGGAAAAUUUAGCUGCCGUCCACAUGAGAAAGACGGUCGUCCAACUGAAAAAACCUAUUUACCUUGGCGUUGCUAUUUUAGAAUUAAGUAAGACGUUAAUGUAUAACUUUCAUUAUAAUUACAUCAAGAAAAAUAUGGUAAAAAUGCCGAACUUUGUUUUACGGACACGGACUCGUUAUUAUAUGAUGUAAAAACCGAUGAUUUUUUCAAAUACAUAUCGUCAGACGUUCGCAAAAGAUUCGACACGAGUAAUAUGGAUAAAAACCAUCCGUCUGGAAUUUUAGCCGGAGUGAAUAAGAAAGUCAUCGGUGUGAUGAAAUCUGAAACGGGAACAACCCAGAUUAUAAAGUUUGUUGGAUUAAGGCCGAAGUUAUACUCGUUCGUCACGGACGGUGGGAAAGAAGAAAAGAAAUGUAAAGGUGUUAAGAAAUGCGUUGUGAAAAAUGAGAUCACGACCCAAAAUUUUGGGGAUUGUCUUUUCAGCGGUAAGGAGCAAUGGCGUAGUAUGAAUACAUUUCGUAGUAGAAAACACGACAUUUACACGGAAAGGAUAGUGAAGAUUGCCUUAUCCGCAAAUGACGAUAAAAGAUAUAUCUGCGAGGAUAAAAUCCAUACUUUAGCGCUCGGACACAGAGACUUACGCAAAUAGAUCUUGAGAUUAUUCGCGAGUAAUCUCAAGUAUGUCUUGUAAAAGACUCGAGUAAAUUCUAAGUACGACUUGUCAGUAAACUCCAGUAAAUUUGAGUACGACUUCAGUUUACUUGUCAGUAAAUUCUAGUACGACUUGUCAGUAAACUCGAGUAAAUUUUAAGUACGACUUAAGUUUACUUGUCAGUAAAUUCUAGUACGUCUUGUAAAAGACUCGAGUAAAUUCUAAGUACGACUUGUCAGUAAACUCCAGUAAAUUUGAGUACGACUUAAGUUUACUUGUCAGUAAAUUCUAGUACGACUUGUCAGUAAACUCGAGUAAAUUUUAAGUACGACUUAAGUUUACUUGUCAGUAAAUUCUAGUACGUCUUGUAAAAGACUCGAGUAAAUUCUAAGUACGACUUGUCAGUAAACUCCAGUAAAUUUGAGUACGACUUAAGUUUACUUGUCAGUAAAUUCUAGUACGACUUGUCAGUAAACUCGAGUAAAUUUUAAGUACGACUUAAGUUUACUUGUCAGUAAAUUCUAGUACGUCUUGUAAAAGACUCGAGUAAAUUCUAAGUACAACUUUUCAGUAAACUCCAGUAAAUUUGAGUACGACUUAAGUUUACUUGUCAGUAAAUUCUAGUACGACUUGUCAGUAAACUCGAGUAAAUUUUAAGUACGACUUAAGUUUACUUGUCAGUAAAUUCUAGUACGUCUUGUAAAAGACUCGAGUAAAUUCUAAGUACGACUUGUCAGUAAACUCCAGUAAAUUUGAGUACGACUUAAGUUUACUUGUCUAUAAAUUCUAGUACGACUUGUCAGUAAAUUCCAGUAAAUUUAAGUACGACUUGUCAGUAAACUCCAGUAAAUUUGAGUACGACUUGUCAGUAAAUUCCAGUAAAUUUAAGUACGACUUGUCAGUAAACUCCAGUAAAUUUGACUACAACUUGUCAGUAAACUUCAGUAAAUUUAAGUACGAACAAGCAAAUCUCAGUAGAAGUACAUAUAGAAUAAAGAGAAUGUCGGACGAACCGAAGACAGAUCCACCGGUAACAAAUCCCGUAAAAACUAAAGAUCCAAGAAAAGUCGAAGCGGGAAAAAGACUUGCAAAAAUUAGUCGGGAAGCAAUGGCGAGAAAGAAAGCGCGUCUGGAAUUAGAAGAACGGCAAAAUUUUGAAGAGGAAAAUGUAUCGAUGUUUUCCUUGGAAAAGAUAAGUCUGGUUUUCGGUAUUGGGAUCGGUAUAGGAUCACUUUACCUUGCGUGGCGUAACGCGAACAAAGAUGUGGAAAAUGUUGUGGAAGACGAAAAGUGUUGCGAAGUUAAAGAGGAAGCAUUGGAACCAUCUGUCGACUUAUUUGAUUAA